AUGUCUUCUAGUUCUCAGAAGAACCCUUUUGGCAAUAGUAUUCCAACCAGGCCUGGGAAGGCACCAGAAAAAUCAAAUUUUGCCCACACCUGCAACCUCCUGAGUCAGUAUGUUAAAGAGAGAGGUGGCAGUCUCAAGGACCUGAAUUUCGCCGGAAUUGCUGCUGCGAAGAACUCGGAAGCUUUAGCUAAAAAUGAGGAAUCUAAAGCUAUGACCAGCACCACAACCCUGAAUUUACUUAACAGUAUUGGGAAUUCCUGCCAGCCCUUAUCUCGAACGGGAAAAUCUGUGGAUCUGUUUUUCUCAUCUGCUUCGUUGGCCACCAAUUCUGGCAAUUCUGAGCAUGCUUUUGCCACCAGAGAGGCUACCUCUAGCAUGGAGGCAGCUGCAGCUAUGGAACCUAAGAGACCACAGAUGACUAUAUUCUACGCAGGGAAAGUUCUGGUUUUUGACGAUUUCUCAUCUGAGAAAGCUCAGGAAAUUAUGGCUCUGGCUAGCGGUGGCGCAGCCUCUCUCAGUGAUCAUGUUUGCGGCAGCUGGAACCAGCUCCCUGAAAAUGAUGCAUCAGACAAAACGUUUAAUUGUUCUGCUGUUGGUGGCAUGAAUGCUACGGUGGCCUCUUGCUCUAAAGACCUGAGCAUCAAUCCUGCUCCACAAGAAUCUGUGAAGCUGAAACAACCAAAGGCUGAAGCAAACUCUUCUGAUUUGCCAAUUGCAAGGCGAUCAUCACUUCAUCGGUUCCUGGCCAAGAGAAAAGAUAGGGCCGGCGCUAGGGCACCGUAUCAAUUGCACAACAACAAUAACAACAAUGACCGUCCUGAAAGCUCUUCCAAGAAUGAUCAGGAACAGCUUGAGCUGAAAUUAUAA